AAUUAAGAUUUUUUUUCAGUGUGGAGGAAACUUAAUUUUUCGCGUUGUCACUUUUGAAAUGAAGGAAUGAUAUCACUUUCCAUUGUAGAAAAUAACAAAGAUGAAUUGCUGCCUAGAAUGGGUUGACCCAAGCAUCGGUAUGCUCGAUUAUGGCAGGAGCUAUGAUUAAUUGGGAAGGAACACGAAAUCACUAGACGCAUAUUAGAACCAGGACAUAACAAAUCAAGAUUCCUGUUUUCAAUGCGAGCAUGCGAGCGGAAACGAUCGCGAGGAGAGAGAAAAUUCUUCGUGAAUAAGCAAACCGAUCAUGUUUCCCUCUUUUUUUUUUCUUCGACAGGUCUGUCAUUAUCGUAAAUAUGUCGGAUUUCCCGAAUAAAACGUAAGUAACUGUAGGAAUAUCGACGGAUAUAUUCUGGAUCAUCAUAUCGUUCCUCACAGAAACAGGAAAAAAAUCAUACAUGCAUGCGGCACACAUAUGCUUUUGACGUUUCGCAUCCGGUAGCGUCGUCAGGUUAACGCCACCGAUUAUAUCAUACGCUUUCGGUAAGUCGGCCGAAUUUGAGAUACCGGCGGCGCCGAUAAGCGAGAAUCAAGAUCAACGUCAAGCGAUAUCACUGCGAUCACGCGACGCGAAACAUCCGUUUCUUUCUUUCUUUCUUUUUUUUUUAUUCAAAAAGAAUCCGGAGCCUUGUAAGGGAAGAAGGUAGGAAACGUCGCGCGGUCUCGCAUGCUUAUCGCGUACGCGCCCUCUCCCACCGUCUCUCUCACUCGCUCGCUCUUUUCGUUCUCUCUCUUUCUCUCUCUCUCUCUCUCGCGCGCGCGCUCGUUCCCUCUCGCUUGCUCGCUCUCAGUCGUCGUCAAACGGGUAGUGGUUAUCUUACCUGUGUGCUUCUCCGUCUUCGGCGUGGAGGCCAUCGUUUACCCUGGUAUGUCGCUCGCCGGUGACGUCGAUCUCACUAUCUCACCACUUCCGCGCACCGCCGCAUCGUGUACUACGCACUGGAAGCUGCCGCGGCGUUUUCAGUCUGUUGUAAACCCGACGCGCAUCGCUACAUCUUCGUUUGUCGGCCAUUUUUCAGGCAGGCGGGCGCGCGCGCGCGAGCGCGCGACCCGCCAUCGGGCGGCGGAGACGCGAAACCGGAGGGCCGAUUAUGGCGGACGCGCUGUCAAUCGCGUGACAUUUCACUCCUGCGUGCUUACUCCGCGAACGCGGACGCCGGGUACGAACUACGAGUCGACGGCGAACGUACGUCUGCGUGUAUUCGCACGUGUCUCCGCGAGCGAGGCGCUUUAACGAGACGCGACGUGUGUAUCGCUCACGCCGCACUCUGUGCGGUGAAACUUAACCACGUCGCUCCGGCACGGCGAUUCCGCGCUACGGAAAUCUCGUCAACGGAGUGAACACAGCCACCGACCGCGCGCACCGCUACAGCGCCGCGCAAAAGUCGCCGCGCGCCGCAGGCGAUAGUACAGUCCGCGUGGAAAGUUUACCCGGCGUCGACGGCUCUACAGUCCCGGCGAAAGUUUCGCCGGUUUCGCGUCGCUCCGGAGAAAUUCGCGCGCUUCGCGGAUUAUUUUGAAUUGUGCGAACACGGCGCGUUGCAAUCCGUUUUCCACGCGAACGAUUGUAUACAAAUAUCUUCGAGAAUCGUAAUACAUUUGUUCGUGUCGCUUGAAAUCCCCAAAAAUAUUUGCAAAAAGAAAUUAAUAUAUAUUCAAGGAAAAAAGAAAAAGCGAAGAUUCUGAACAUAAAAAGCGCAAGCAACACGAACUGCAUAAAAAAAAAACGAAAUAAGAACUUGAUCAUAUGCACUUUGCGAAACAAUCCAAACAUAAUUACUCAAAUUUCAAAUUUCAAAUAAAAAGGUCAUCCGGGCGACGAAAAGUACACUGCGAUCUUGCGAUAAAAUUCUGCUUCGAAAGUGACGCUUAAUAUCUGUUACGAUAGAUCGAUACGAUCAAUUAAUUCCUUGACUACGUUGACAGGGAAACGGCCCGCGCGAUUGAUAUUCACAAGGAUAUCGAGACAUUGAGGCAAUAUGGGCAACUCCGCCUUGAAGAGGCACUACGAGACCGCGGAGAAGACCGCCACCCUGAAAUUGUCGCAGUGCAAGCUGGACAAGUUCUCGCGGAAACUCCAUGACCUGGCGCCGACGCUGCGCACCCUGGACCUGUCCGAGAACAGUUUUACGACACUGCCAAACGAGAUCGGCGACUUCACGCUGCUGAAGCAGCUGAACUUCAGCCAUAACCGAUUGACCGCUCUGCCCGGCACGUUGGGCGCACUUGAGAAACUCGAAGGUCUAAACUGCGCCGCGAAUCAGAUCAGAUCGAUCCCAUCAUCGCUGGGGAAUCUGAACCACUUGAAGCAGGUCAAUUUGUCCGACAAUCAGAUCUCCGACUUUCCGCUGAUGUUCUGCGGCCUCAGGCACCUGGAUGUCCUGGAUCUGUCCAAGAAUUGGCUUACGAUAGUGCCAGACGCCGCCGCCGACCUCCAUGUAAUCGAGCUUAAUCUUAAUCAGAAUCAAAUCGCCACCAUCUCCGAGAAGCUAGCGGAUUGUCCGCGAUUGAAAACGUUGAGAUUGGAGGAGAACUGCCUACAGCUGAGCUCGGUGCCCAUCAGACUCCUCAAGAACUCUAAGGUCUCGGUGUUGGCGCUUGAAGGAAAUCUCUUUGAGAUGAAGCAGUUUGCAGAACUGGACGGUUACGACAUGUACAUGGAACGCUACACAGCGGUCAAGAAGAAAAUGUUCUAAAGGAUAGUUUUAUAUUGGAAAAGAAUGUAUUGUUUGUAUUAUAUACAUGAAAUUGUUCGGUAGGUAGUUGAAGUUACCAAACUGUCGAAUGGAUAGCAUCGAAGAGAAAAAGAUUUAAUUGUAUGGCACUUUUGUGUCAUCGAUUUAAGAAUAAACAGCCGACGUAGAGAUAUUUAAAGUGAUUGAGAAUAUUUUAGAUCAGAUUUACAAAAUGUCACAA